UGGGGGAGGAGGAAAAAUAAAGAGGCGAUUGUCGGGGAGUUAGAGAUGUUUAUAAAGGCUGGAAUGAGAGAAAGACAGACUCAACACACACACACACACAGUAGAUUGCUUGGACGUAUAAUCACACAGACACCAUGCUGAGAAAUCGUCCUGCUCCUUCACUCCUUUCCAUCGCUUUACUCAUUUCCUCCGUAUUAUCAUUAUCAUCAUCAUCAUCUUCGCCAUUAAUACGCAAUUCCACCCGACGACUCGGUGCUCCCAAUCCUCGUUUCAACAAUCCAGAUGAAGACUACGAUAACAUAUAUGAUGAAACUUUCAUCACAGAAUCACCACGCAAACCCACAGAUUCUAAGCAUCCGCCCUGCAAUUACGACUUCUGUAAGGACAGGCAGGAGACAUGUCAGAAGCUCUUCCUCGCUCUGUCUUGCUCCUGCCCCGGUAUCAGCGGCCCCUUUCAGCCACCAGACCCUCCUUUUCUCCAGAGUCUGUAUGUAGAAAGCAAGGGAGAAGUGGUAGUGCGUUGGUGCGCACCAUCCUCCACAGUCACACACUACCUCGUUCAGGUGGAGGGUCAGGACGAGGUGCGCAGUACAAACGUGGAUAGGAGAAUGAUGGAGCUGGGAAAUCUAGCUCCUGGCUCUGAAGUGUGUGUUAAAGCGGUGAACAAAGCGGGCGUCAGCACCCAGGGGAGAGACUCGUGCACCCGCUUUGAACCCACCACCUCCGAGAUGAAGCUCACCAUCAAGUUGGUGCUCAUCGGAGCAGCAGUGGUGAUGGUGAUUGUAAUUUUGGUCGUAGCGCUCAUGCUCUGGCGGUGCAGGAGACACAGGAAAACUUCAACACAGACAGCAAACCCAUGAGCCGACAUGGUGCUCUGAUGGAGAGAACACAUGAAGCAGUAGAUGUCUAAAAAACUGUUGCUUGGGGGAUUUUCCUGGAUGUUCAAAAGCACUUUAGUCAUGUUAGUAUGGUUUGAGUAUUAAUUGUAAUGAAUGUUGAACUUUUUUUGUGGCUUAUUAUUAUUAUUAUUAUUAUUAUUAUUAUUAUUAUUAUUAUUAUUAUUAUUGAAAGUUUUGUUUCCUUUUAUCCCUUUAUCAUUUUUUUUUUCCUGAAUGUAUGUAGCGAUAACCAGCUCCUAAAUCCUGUGCAUCGCACUUGUCCUUGCUGAAGACUCUGCCACUGGAAACUUUAAACUCUUUCCCUUCUGAUUAGGGUUUUGUACUUUGUGUGUCACUGAUUUUUAUCACAAUAAAACUCUCUGAUUGACUGGAGUGUGAGCCAUCAGAGCCAGAGACUUCAGAAGAAAAAACUCAUCAGCAUGCAGUGUUUUUGGAUUUUUCUUUUAACUUUUUGUGUAUGUUCUGUUCAGUUUUUUUUGUAUAACUGCGUCCGCAUUAAAACAGUUACUCGGGAACA